AUGUCACACGAAAGGUACAUCGAGGAGCAGUUUGGUGUUAUUGUCAAGCGGCCGCCUGCUCUUUCGUCGUCCCUCCCACUGACUGCCUUCCCUGGAGCCCAAGCAUCAGACAAAGGAAAUGACGGUGUCAUCAGGAAGUACCAGUCGUUACAGGAUCAUCGAUCAACGUUCAACAUUUGGUAG